GUACUUAAGGAGUGGUGCGUGCCACAGCUGUUCUUUGUGUACUUGUCCUUACGUCUACUCGUUGCUAUCCUUCAGCAGGAUGCCUGUCAAAGGAGGCACUAAGUGCAUCAAAUAUUUGCUCUUUGGCUUCAACUUCAUAUUCUGGCUUGCAGGAACAGCAGUUCUUGCAAUAGGAUUAUGGCUUCGGUUUGAUGUGCAGACCAAAAGCAUCUUUGAACUGGAAUCCAACAACACGACAUUCUAUACAGGAAUUUACAUACUAAUUGGAGCUGGUGCACUCAUGAUGCUGGUUGGCUUCUUGGGAUGCUGUGGUGCGUUGCAGGAAUCACAAUGUAUGCUUGGACUGUUCUUCGUCUUCCUUUUUGUGAUUUUUGCCCUUGAAAUUGCUACUGCCAUCUGGGGAUUUGCAAAUAAAGAAAAGGUUGUUGAAGAGUUACAGGAUUUCUACAGAGAAACCUAUGAAAAGAGAUCUCAACCAGCUGCCAGAGAAACCUUGAAAGCAUUCCAUUUUGCUCUGAACUGCUGUGGUAUUACUGGAGGUCUUGAGCAGCAGUUGAUGGACACCUGUCCAAAGAAGACCUUGCCUGAGUCACUUACUACAAUGCCAUGCCCUAAAGCCAUUGGUGAUGUCUUUAAUACAAAACUGAAUGUCAUUGGAGCAGUUGGCCUUGGUAUUGCUGUGAUAAUGAUUUUUGGCAUGAUAUUCAGUAUGGUUCUUUGCUGUGCUAUCCGCAGAAACAGAGAAAUGGUCUAAGGGCUGUAAAUUCAAGCUUUGCCCUCCCAAAAUUCACUUUCUUUGUCUUCUUCAAUGAGAGUCUCAUCUAUUCCUACCCUUGAUCCUGGAUGCUAUAAGCGAAGGCCUCCUUGGAGCUGUUUUCCUGACUGGACAAGCCGCAUUCACUGUUGGGAGCAUCCAGCAUCAAUGGGACAAUGUGACCGUAGGGGCUGAAGGAAAGACUGAGAGGCAGGCUGGCCCUACGAAUGGGUGGAGGACUAGGAGGGCUUGGGAAGCACUCCACUCUGCUGGAACUGAAGUCAAGCUGCAGCAACGCCUUUGUCUGAACUGUUUCACAAGAUCCUAUCAUCCCUUUCACUGGAGAGACUGUGAAUAAAAAGAGAGACCGUCAUACUAAAAUUUGAAAGGAGUAAGCAAAGGAUCAGUCGAAUAAAAGUAUCAAAACAGAAAGGCAAGAUGCCAGUGAAGGAGUGUAGGUUAACUGAUGUGAAUAAAAGUGAAUAAGUAGCAACAUUUCUUCUGGGAAGAAGAACAAGCAGUAACAAGCUCUCUGGAACAUACAGUUAUGUUUAUUAAUUAACUAAGAUUACUCUCAGAAUUUUAGUCUCCAUAUAGUAGAUUUAUUCAGCUCUCAAGAAGGCAGCCAAAUGAAAAUAAGUACUUAAUGGAAAGAAAGACAGGAUCCCUCAGCCUUCUUCCACAUCUAUUGUCCUCUGGGAAGAAUGUGCUGCACAGAUUAUCCUUUCGAAAAAUUCAACUAGUUUGGAAGAAACAAAAAGCAUGCCUUUAUAGACAUAAAAUCUCGGCCGUGUCUUAAAAACAUAACUUUCAUUCUUGAUAUGCAUUUGAUGAAUCAUGCCAAACACUAAAACAAACAAAGCAAAAAGAUAGAUAACAUAGAUGUCAGCCUUGGGAAAAGGAAGCUGGGAGAUGAGAAAGCACAACAACAUAUUUCAAUAGCUAGUCUUGUUUGGUAGUCUGUCUCUUCAGGCACUGCUGGAAAAGAAGAAUGGAGUAGUUUCUUACCAAGCUACCUCUGUGGAAAGAGGACAUGAUACGAAAACUUUAUAAGCAUAUAUGCUAGUGAUCCAGAACAUGUAUGCACAGAUGUUCAAGAAUUUUAUAUGUGGUCUUCAAGAACUUUGUAUGUUAACAAAAUGCUCUUCCAUUAAGCCAAACAUCAAAUUAUUUCUGUUUAGAGAAAUUUAACUAUCUUUAGGCAUAUAGGGCAAUGGAAAUGAUUUUUCAGGACUAGUUAGGCCAAACCAGAAUAAGGAUGAGCAGAUAUGAAAAUAUAUCUCAGGCAUUAUUAUUCAAGAACAAUUGGUCUACUUCCACACAUGGCAAAGCACUUGGAGAACGCUAUAGCAGUGUGAAUAGUUUACAGCUGUACUUCACUCUCACAGGCAUAGAGGAACAUCAGAUGCACUCUAUCAGAUGUAUGCCUUUGGCAUAAAGCCUAAACAUAAUACUGCUGCAGCUAGAAUGAGCAACCUUUACAAAAUUUUGGAAUGUGUGUCCAAAGAGCUAAUAAGAUUCCACUUCAAUCAUCUGCAGUUCCAUUUCUAAGAUUCUCCAGUGAGCUGUGCAAUUGCAUUUAUCUUAAUAUAUCUUCCUUUAUGAUUUUUUUUCCAACUAACUGCAACUAUGAAAAGAGACAGGAUCUUUCAGUGAAAACUUGAAGAGCCCUGAGUUUGGGAUAAUUUCAAAAACUAGAUCAAGACACGGCAUCCCUAAACCAUUCACACUCCCAGGCAAUUCCCAGUGGUUUAGUUUGCUAUUUGAAUAUGAUCUUUCUGUUUCAGGCAGCAUUUACGUUGCACGUCCACAAUUCUUUUGACAUAGCAUACAGUCCAAGGUUUGUAAAACAAGUCAAAACAACUUUUAGUUUCAUAACAAGACAAAGUAACUUGGCCAGAAACAGAGCUGAAGCUCUGUUUUCGUUUACAAAAGCCUUUGAUUGCAACGCCCCAGAAUGUAAUAUUUUGCACAAACUUCAUGAAGCCAUAGCCAUACUGGGUACAACUUAUCUGAAAAAUUAUCUAUAUCCAGAUAAACUUCAGUUAAACAAUAAUAUUACAAUUAGCUAUUUUGAAGUUGGCCUUAUCCAUGCUCAGGACAAAUGUGAGCAGUGUUAAUAAGAUAUCCCAGAAAAACAAUUUUAAACCCACUUUCACACAUAAUGAGAAAUAUGUUCUGUAUCUUUAAAAAAAAUAUUUAAAAACAUCUAGUACAAAAUAGCCCUUGUGGAUUGUGACAUUAGAACUAUGAGUAAUGUCUUUGCUGUAGUAUAGCUUCUUUCUCAGCAUCCUGGCAGAACUAUGAAAGCCAUUCAUUAAGGCAAGAUUUUCCAAUGACUGAAACAGAGUCUUAAGUGAAAAGGAAAGAAAAAGAUGUGAAGGAUAUGUAUGCUACUCUCAAGAUAACUGUUUUCAGUCUUUUACUAAACUUUAGGGGAUAACAUAGGAAGAUGCAUCUUCUUAUGCUACAGAUCUGUCCAUGAACUUAAAACUGGGCAUGGUUUUAACUAUAAGAUGGUUUUAGGGAGUUGCUUUCACUGUCAUCAGAUCAGAUCACCUCCAAAAUCUUUGGUAUUAGGGUGACACCUAUCUGCUUUGGAGCCCUUUCUCCCAGUAUCUGCUAUACAUUACUUUCUCAUCAUACUGACUCCAGAAGGCCUCAGUAUAAGACAACUGUCACUGUUCUGGCAGAUAACCAAGCAGUUGGUUGCAGACUGCUCAGUAGCUCUGGGGAACAUGACCAGUUGUUCAAAAAGCACAGUGUUGGGUACAAUGCAGCUGAUGUUGAGCAACAAAGCUAACCUCAGGCAAUGUACUUAUACUAGAACUGCUUUCUCAAGCAUCAAGACUUCAGCACUCUGUUAUUAUGAGUGUCAGUUACACACUGAACAAUCCAGUUUCUUGUAAAGAAAAUAUGCCUGUGUAAUAGUAAUCACAGCACUUACUGGAACUUUAAGGACCAUCAUAAAGCUUGUCUCAUGCACAGUCUCUUCCUGAAAUUACUAUAAGUUCUGUAAAAAAAUGCAUCUUUCUUGCAAAUGGCAUUUUCAAAGCAGAGAAAAUCUUAAAGUUAGGAGCACAAGCAUUCUUCAAUUAAUUAACUAAAGAUGAGUAUACCAAUUUCAGGUUAUAACUAUAAUGCUAGGAGAAGUGCAUUGGUCUGAUCUUAUGGAUUUUCAGUAGAACAGAACCUACUACUUGUUUAAAAGUUGUGAAUCUUGUUUGCCAUGUAAGAUAUACAUCACCAGUUUUAAAGUAAUUUGUUUAAAGGCCAGAAUAAAAAAUAGUGAAAUCA